UAUAUAAAUAUAUGAAAUUGUCCAAGUUUGUUUAUACCGCUAACAAGAUUUUUGCAAAUAUAAAAUUAAAAUAUAAUCCAAAAUGUUAUUUUAUUCGUUUUUUAAAUCCUUAGUUGGAAAGGACGUGGUUGUGGAAUUAAAAAAUGAUUUGAGUAUUUGUGGCACUCUUCAUUCAGUUGACCAAUACUUAAAUAUUAAACUAACAGAUAUAAGUGUAACCGAUACAGAAAAAUAUCCACACAUGCUUUCAGUAAAGAAUUGUUUUAUAAGAGGAUCAGUGGUACGGUAUGUUCAGUUACCAGCAGAUGAAGUAGAUACUCAGUUACUACAAGACUCGGCUCGUAAGGAGGCUUCGGCACCUACAAGAUAACUUUUUAUUGUAUAUUUUCUUUUUCGGACCAUUAUUUCUUAUGUUUUAAGAAAACAUUUAGUAUGUAACGGGUAAACAUUGGUUAAAAAAUACCCAGUUAUGAAAUAUAAGUUGUAUGUGUGAUAACAAUAAUUUUUAAAUAUAUUUCUUAAUUUAUAUCACUUUCUCUGAAUAUUUUUGUUAAUAAAAUUAUUUCAAUAUAAGCAUGUACUCUU